GAACUAUCUCGUACAACAUUUACUUGAGAAGAGGAUUUGGCCGCUUACAUCUGGCAUAUUACAGACACUAAGAGGACAUUUCGCGAACCUUUCCACACAAAAAUACAGUAGUAAUGUGGUGGAGAAUUGUUUGAAGAACACAACAUCAGACGAACGUGAAAGCAUCAUCCGCGAACUGCUUUGGAGUCCAAAUAUAUUAGAUAUUUUCGUAGAUCUCUACGGAAACUAUGUUAUGCAAACUGCUCUAUCAGUCGCCAAGGGAGGUGUACAUAAAGAGUUGCUUGAUGUUCUUAAGAAGAACCUACCCACUCUAACCCAACAGGG